AUGAUCUUGGGAACGAUCUUCAGGGCUCUACGAAUGCACAAUGCUAAAGUGGAAUGCAAGAUGCCCUUCUUAAGAGAUUUUAAUGAACGCUGUGCCCAAUGUUCAGAAGUGAACUGGGGUCUCACUGAUGGAGGCAGAUUUUAUUGCAGAUCUUGCCACAAUGUUACUGAGAAAAUUACAGAAGUUGCAAACACUGAUUUUGCUUCUAAUAUAAAAAUCCAGACAGUCUCCAAAAGUUUAAAAAAGCAGGAAAAAAAUGAUGGAGGCUGUGAAUGGUAUGUUUGUGAAGGCUUUCAGCUUGUACUCAGGAAACAAGCUGAAGCUUUGCAAGCGUUAGGAGUAUGUCCACAAAUUAAGGAUGAAGUUCUGUGGAAUUUUUGGAGGCGUUACCUUCAGAAGACCAAACAGGCAUACUUCGACAGACCAGCUGGAGAAACUGCCGAACCAAUAAUACAAUGACUUAUUUACAAAAAACAGGUAUGUGAUAGCAGUACUGAUGUGGACAGUGACCCAGAGAGACUUUACUCGUCUCUCUCUGAGAGUGAGGGGGAUCUACAGACUGAUCGCAGCUUUGUCUCAUCAACUAGCAAGGUCUCAGAAAGCACCUCAGUGCACUCUCGCUCUGGAUCAGUAGAUGGUAGCUUGUAUUUAAUGAAGAAGCCUAAGGAGAAACUGAGAAUGACGAUGCCAAUGACCCUUUCGUUUUGUUACAUGGCAUUACUCUGGAUGAGAGAAACAAUGACAUUAUCUGAGCUCUUAAGGUUUGUUUUUGAAGGUCAUAUUCCAUAUUUGAAUGUUUUCCAGCAUUUUCCAGAGCAGAUGAAAUUACGUGGACCUGAUAUUAAGAUCUUUUCUGUAGAGUCAUGGCCUUCAUAUGAAGAAGUGUUCAAAAAAAUGCAUGAGCUUGCAGAGUUUUUAGAACUGCCUCGUUUUCCAGACAUAACAGACAGCUGCUUUCUUCAUCCGGACAUGUUGUGUAUGAAGUACUUGAUGGAAGCAAAUUUACCUGAUGAAAUGCAUAAUUGGACUUGUCGAGUGGUGAAGAAGGCUUGUAUUGGAGAAGUGGAUUUCCUGACUCUCGUGCCUGGAAAUAAGUCAACGAGAAAAGUGAAAUACGACGUUCUUGCUGCAGCAGUUAUUGUAGUGGUGCUCAAAGUAUUGUUUUUAUUAAAUGAUAACUAUGAAUGGUUACUUUCAGACUUUGCUGAAGAAAGAAAUAAAAACAACGAAGAAGAUGGUCCAUGUUUUGAGUUAAAAAAGUGGUACAAGGUGCUAAAACAUACCUUGGAUGUGGAGCAAAAGAAAUUGGAUGAAAGAAGAGCCAAGUAUCUGUGGAGAUGUGAAAAACCACUGUUUUAUUCAGCCAAGAAGAAAUCCAAAGUUCUUAAGAGAAGACAAAUCGUUGUGAACUUACAAAAUCAGUUUGCCAGGCUGUCUGGUUCAGUGCUACAUGCUGAAAAGCCAAAGCCUUCAAGUUUUCAGUUAAGAUGGUCUGAAGAAAACACAGAUGGGAGUUGUUUUCACGGGCAUAGCCUGAAGGGAAUUUUGCAAAAAAAAUCUGGUUUACUUAAAGCCAAGAAGCCUCGCUAUUGGCUGUGUACACGUAAACUAUGUAAUGAGAAAUUGUGUGGUCAUCUGGCUCAUUAUAGAGGAGUAAACUUUCCCCAGAGCUACCGUUUUGUACUAAGGUUAUUCUCCUUUCUUUUGAGGAUAGAGCCCUCUUAUAUCCAUGAUGAGGUGUGUAUGAUAGAACACAAGCUUUUUAAUAAAAAACUCUGUAAAAAAAAAAAAAAAAAAAAAAAAAAAGAAAAAAAAAAAGAAAAGGCCCAAGGAAGUAAAAAGGCCUAAAAAUAAAAGGCCUAAAACCAUGUAAAUUAGUUGGUUGAAUCCAGAACCAUGGUAUUGUAUGUAAACUUACACUGAUACUUUUGCUUGCAUGGAAAUUUUUUAAGAAAAUAUUGCUAAGAUCUACUACUGUACUUCAGUUGUAGUGGUUUUUUAUCUACAAUUUAAGUCACUAGUUUCCAGCUGGGAAAGCUACCAAGGAAAGUGGUUAUCACAAUUUAUUUCUUCAGUUUGUAUGAAAUCCCCAUUUUGGGGGCAUAAUUGUACAGACUUUGAGUGUGCUGGACAGCACAUUACCAUCUAAUUACAUUGUGAGAUUUUUGCAAUAAAAAUAUUAUCUUUAUUUUACCUACUGUUAUAUGACAGCAAAUGUAUUUCUAGAAAGUAAUGUUUACUUUGUUUUAAAAUAGUGUGUUAACAAAUAAAAGGAGCAGUUGGUUGAU